AUGAGAGCAGUUUUCGUGCUGCCAUUUUUGGUGGCUUUGUGCCUGGGAAAUGCUUUAAAACAACAAGAAAGGAAAUUAGAAUGGUGGGAAAAGUCCAUAAUUUAUCAAAUUUACCCAAGAUCCUUCGCGGAUAGCGACGGCGAUGGAAUUGGAGAUCUGAAAGGUAUAACUUCAAAGUUGGAACACAUCAAAGAGAUUGGUGCUGGCGGUAUAUGGCUUUCACCGAUAUUCAAAUCUCCAAUGUAUGAUUUUGGGUACGAUAUUGCUGACUUCUACGCUAUUCAUGAUGAAUUUGGUACAAUGGAGGACUUUGAUGAACUUCUAAACAAAGCUAAUGAACUAGACAUCAAGAUCGUAUUAGAUCUCGUACCCAAUCAUACAUCAAAUGAAAGUGUGUGGUUUCAAGAAGCUCUUAAUGGUAAUCAAAAAUAUAUUGACUAUUUCGUAUGGGAAGAUGGGAUCAUAGACGAAGAUGGAAACAGGCAACCACCAAAUAAUUGGCGGAGCCAUUUUCGAGGAAGUGCGUGGGAAUUCAAAGAAGAAGUCGGAAAAUAUUAUUUGCAUCAGUUUGCUGUUGGACAACCUGACUUAAAUUAUAAUAAUCCUGAUGUCAUUGAAGAGAUGAACAAUAUUAUUCGUUUCUGGUUGGAAAAAGGUGUUGCAGGUUUUAGAGUAGAUGCUGUCAAUUGUUUAUUUGAAGUAGAUAAAACUCUUUUUGGUGGUCGAUAUCCAGAUGAGCCUUUCUCAGGCAGAACCGAUGUCGAUCCCGAAUCACACGACUACUUGAGUCACAUUUACACUAAAGAUCAAGAGGAAACUUAUUACGUUGUUUACAAGUGGCGUGAAAUUUUUGAUGAAUAUACAGCAAAAGAUGGUCUAACUAGAGUAAUGAUGGCUGAAGUUUAUGCAUCUAUUCAGAAUGUGGUAAGGUAUUUCGGAGAAGGAGACGUUCAGGGAGCCCAAGUACCCUUCAACUUUGAUUUGAUAACUGACGUGGAUGCUUCCUCUAGUGCUGCUGACAUUAAACGUGCAGUAGAUAAAUUUUUGACUUAUAAGCCUGUCGAUAAGAAUGCUAAUUGGGUGGUUGGUAACCAUGAUCAAAGCAGAAUGGCAACUCGAUAUGGAUCUUCGUUAGUAGAUGGUAUCAACAUGAUUGUAUUGUUACUUCCUGGUGUCGGAGUGUCAUAUAUGGGUGAAGAAAUUGGCAUGGUUGAUGGAUAUGUAAGCUGGGAGGAUACAGUAGACCCAGCAGGCUGUAAUACUAAUGAUCCUGUUAACUACGUGAAAUCCUCAAGAGACCCAGAAAGAACACCAUUCCAAUGGAACUCUGAAAAGAAUGCUGGUUUUUCUGAUGCUGAUAAAACGUGGUUACCUGUUGCCGAGGGUUAUGAAACAUUAAAUGUUGAAGUACAGAAAGCCGCUGAAAAAUCUCAUUUAAAAGUCUAUCAAAGUUUGGCUACUCUUCGUAUGGAAAGUCCCUUCAGAUAUGGCCGAUAUGACUCUUUGGCUCUAAAUAAAGAUGUUUUUGUAUUCAGAAGGUGGUACAAUGGUGAGACAUAUCUAGUACUGGUUAAUAUGCGGGAUGUCAGCUACACGGUUGAUUUAACUUACUUCGAAAAUGUCAGCGGAGAAGCUAAUGUUGUCGUGAGCAGCAUUCAAUCUCCUAAGUCGGAAGGAGAUGUAUUCAAUGUAUCGGCGCUGCCCGUGGUGGGAUACGAAGGAUUGGUUUUAAAGUUAAUCUAAUCAUUCUUUUCUUUAUAAUUAUGUCAUAGAAGUUUAUAUUUGUUAACGGUAUUUAAAGCAAAAGAACACACAAAACAGAUUUGUUUCUUAAAUAUAAAUAAAUUAAUCGUCAA